AUGCCCAUCGCAGUGCCUCAUACCUUCCUGUCGGCGGAUGCCAAGUCCAUUCGGAGGAAGUCUAUACGUGAUAGUAGUCUGUCGAGCUGGGGUCUGCUGCUCCACCCGCUGGAGCGAGGCGUCGCCAGGAAGACGGGUCAGUGCGACGACGGCGUGAUGCUGGACGAGACGGCGCUGUGGCCGAUCGUGUGUGCGUUUCGCCAGGCAGCAGGCAGCAGCUGCAGGCUCGUCGCUGUGGGGCUUCUCCUUGGAGGAGAGAUCAACGCCUUCAGCCUCGCUGCGCUGAGGCCGCAUCUGUACAGCCUGCGGUAUUGGGGCGCCUCGGACGACCUUGACGGGCCAGCGCAGUCCAGUCGAGGUCCAGCGCAGGGGGCGAUGGGCUGUUCCGUCGUGCAUGCGCCGCUACGGGAAGGAGAGCGCCUUGCUGGACGAGAUAGCGAGGGUCCAUGCGGAUGUCUUCGCGUUCGGGUCCCUGGUCGAGACCCGCCUCGUGGUGCUCCUGGAGCACGGCUGCCAAAAGGCGGGCAUUCUCAGCCUGGUGCCCGCCGCCGUGCUCAGGGUGCUGGACCCAGUGCCUCCGACGGCGGACAGGCGGGUCAUCGAGCGGCAAGCAGCGCGCCGUUAGCAGCCGCCCCAGGGCUGCCGGGCGCCGCCGCUCUGUCAGCUGCCGCGACUGGCGCCCCUGCUGCUGAGGUGGCCGCCGUCGGCAGCCCUUGCAGCCGGCGCCUCAAGAGGCGGCUGAAGGAGGCCAUCCGCGCCCAACGGAGGCGGGGCGUGGUGCUCGAGCUCUUCGCCGGCUCGGGGCACCUCGCGGAGGCGAUUAAGAGCGGCAGCUGGCUGCCCCGGCUUUGGACCUCUGCCGCGGCCCGUCCGAGGACCACCUCGACCCCAGCUUCUGGACCGCCCUGA